CGAGAAUUUUGUAGUGCGUGUUUGUUUUUAAUUUCGUGAUCUACAAUUUAACUUUUUAACCUUAAACAGAGUACAACUCCCAAGAAAGACUACGCUAUCUUUCUCUCUUUUUCUCUCUCUUUUCGUGUCUCUGUACCACACGGUUGUCCAAUUCUUCCGUCUUUUCCUCCUUGCAUCUCUUUUCCCUUUUUCUCCUAUCCUUCUUUUUCUUUCUUUCCCUCUUCCCCUUCCUCCUCCUCCUUCUCCUUCUCUUCCUCCACCUCCUCCACAAACCUCCACCGCCUUCUUGUUUCCCUUUCACCUCUCUCCGCUCUCCACGUUCUUUCUCGAUCUGUCUAUCCUUUCGGUUUUUCUGUUUCUCUCGCUCCUACGUUCGCUCCCCCUUCUCCUCAUCCUCCUUUUUCCUCCGCACCUCCUCCUUCUCCUUGCACAUAGUAUACCGACUUCGCUAUUUCUAAAAACGUAACGCAAUCGUGGCGACGUAUGCGAGGAGCGCGCCAGAGAAACCACGAGCGAGGAGGCGCGACGUACGAAACGCGAGUUGUAUUAAUUACCAGAAAAUAAAUCGUGCGGGAAACAAUCGGCAAAGCGAAAAGUGAUAUUACAGUGAGAUAUAACGGAAAGAUCUAUGUUAACGUUGUGCAAAACCGAACGUGAAAAGACUGCUAUCGUUUUAGAUCUUAAUCGCAACAUCGUCUGUCUCUUACUCGUUUACGUUUAACGUUCACUCUUUCUUCCGUCUCCCUCUCUUUGCAAUAUCUUUCUCUUUUAUUUUUUUUCUCUCUCUUUUGUACAUUUAUUUUCUAUUUUCGCGUGACCGCCAUAGGAGUAAUCAAGUAAUUGCGAUGUGUGAUACUACUAACACAACGACGCAAAGUAUAGCGGACUAUCUGUCACAGUUACUAAAAGAUAGAAAGCAGUUAGCUGCUUUCCCUAAUGUCUUCAUACAUGUAGAGCGCCUACUAGACGAAGAAAUCGCAAAAGUGCGGGCGAGUCUUUUCCAAAUCAGUGGUGUUAAGAAAGAACCACUGAUUUUACCAGAACCAGAGGGUAAAAUCAUCACGCUAACGGAGAAAGUUUAUGUACCGGUUAAAGAACAUCCAGACUUUAAUUUUGUUGGAAGAAUUCUUGGGCCACGUGGAAUGACAGCCAAACAACUAGAACAAGAAACAGGAUGCAAAAUAAUGGUUAGGGGGAAAGGUUCUAUGAGGGACAAAAAAAAGGAGGAGCUAAACCGAGGGAAACCAAACUGGGAACAUCUGACGGAUGAACUGCAUGUUUUACUAACAGUCGAAGAUACUGAAAAUCGUGCCACUUUGAAGCUUGCCAGAGCCGUCGAAGAAGUGAAGAAACUUCUUGUUCCCGCUGAUGGAGAGGAUGAACUGAAGAAACGACAACUAAUGGAGCUUGCUAUCAUAAAUGGUACCUAUCGAGAUUCUAACACGAAAGUGGCUGCAGCUUCCGCUUGCGACGAAGAAUGGAGACGCGUAGCUGCAGCUGCGGCGGAGACGCAACGGCUUCUUCCUGGCUUGGCCACGCCGAUGAGAACGCCGAGCGCUCCGCUCGGAGCACCGUUAAUACUCUCACCACGGAUAUCUGUUCCAACCACCGCCGCCUCUCUACUGAACGGUUCGGGUCCACCAGGAUCCCUUCUUUCUGCCGGUGAUCCUCAUGGGCUAAUUUACACGCCGUACGCCGAUUACGCCAACUACGCAGCCCUGGCAGCCUCGCCUCUUCUCACGGAAUACACAACUGCUGAUCAUUCUGAAUGGCGAGGGGGCCAGUCUACAUUUUUAGGGGGUCCAGACCCACCCUGGCCCCUACCUAAUUAUGCCAGUGCAGCAGCCGCUGCGAAACAACGUAGACACUUGGGUCAGAUUCGCGAGCACCCUUAUCAAAGGGCUGGUGCUUUAUCGUGAAUCCGGAGACCGAUAUCGCAAUACUGUUCGCGCCUCCGCGAAAAGGCUUGGAGUGCUAACAAUGGAAUCCACCCGCCCCGUGCUAACACCUGGACUCUGGAACACAACAUCCGCGUUUGAUCUUCGAUCUUCGAUCUACGAUCGGUUCACCAACCAGUAACCAGACGAGACAGACCACCUUCGCCACGUUCGCAUCACCAGCCCUGUUCGUCAACACGUUUAUAUAUCCAUCCUGUAUCCUCUUGGUCAUUCUAUUAUCACGGUGUACAGUCUCGAUUAAGUUGCUUUAUUCAUUUUAACCGGUUUAUUCAACUUUUCUUGGCAUUUUAUAUAAUAUACCUAUACAAUAUGCCUCUGACCAGGUAAAUUGAAUAAUUAAUUCUAUUUACUUUCUACAUUCUCGUAUUCAUAGAUGACGAAUUUUUCAACAAACAAACGAAAUAUCUAUUUUUUUUUUUAUUUAGUUAAACUUAUUUGUAUAUUGUGCGUGGGUAUGUACAGUACUGGGCAUGGGAGACUUCUCCAGGAAAAAUGGCGACGUCUCGGAGUUCCGGGCUCCCACCCCCACUCCGUAGAUGGCCGCAGGGAGAAUGACGAUGUAGGGGAGAUGGUCCCAUAUAUAUAGGUCUGUCGCCUCCCACUACUUGCGUACGAACGCUUACGCGGGAAAAUUUAAAUCAAUAUUUACUUGGUUGCUCAUACUUUUCAAUUGUAUAAUACAUUUUAUAAUAUUUAAUAAUUAAAAAUUAUAUUAUCUUGUUUCUAAAUCAUUUUUUUAAUAUUAAUAUCGUCAAAAUAAGGUUUUGAGAAUCACUGCUUGCUCUAUAUCGCUAUUUUAUCUAAGGAAAUCUACUUUGCUCGAUACUGUACAUACUUGUAUAUAAUCAAAGGUAAACAUUUUUUCAAAUUAUUCUUUUGACUUUACUAUACAGCUUAUCAUCAGUUCUCUGUUUCUUUUUCUUUAUCUCUCUCAGAUUCAACGUUUUCUGUAUUAUACGUGUACAGAAUACUUUGAUUGGAAUUAUAAUAAAUUAAGUGCCUUCAGAUAAAAUGUUUGAUGAGAUGUGAUAUACUUAGGAAAUAAUUAGGAAAAAUAAAUUCAAUGAAAAAUUAGCAUUUUAUCAUAAAUGCAAAAUAUGAAUAAAAGUUCAUAUUUUUUAUUAUAUUCUUCUAUGUAUUACUUAAUGAAUCUCUGGUUAUUUAUUUGCACAUAUUAUGUAGUGUGCAAGAAAUGGUAAAAAAAUGCUUAAAAAAAAUAUAUGUAUAUAUAAGAUUUAUAAUAACGUUGGUUAAAUUUAAAAUUUCAGUAAUUAUUUUUUUAUUCUAUCACACCUUUUGAACAUUUUACACAUAGAUAAAUAGAGAAAGAAAAGAGAAAGAAAUAGAGCAUUUUAUAUUUAAAAUUGUUGUUUGCAAGCUAUACUCAUUUGCAUAAUGACUAUAUCGAUUUUAAAGUACUUACAUUCUUAAUAAAGCAAUAAAAUAAAAUUAGAGGAGGAAGCGAGAAGAAUAGGACGAAAAAUUGAAAUAUGUACUUUGUAUAAUUAAAGAACGAGAUACGUUCGUACGUAAUAGGUGCAAUAUAAAAUCAAAAUUUAUUUCCAUUUUGAUUUUUCUAAGUAGAAAUGAAAUUAAUACUAAUUAAGUCUAGUGCGACUACCUAGUUCGACUCAGGAAAAAAGAAAGAAAACGUACAGUUUGAAAAAAAUAUUUUUCAUUACAAUUUUGUUAAUAUUAAGCGAAAAAAAAAUUUAUUUACAUAGACAAAGUUUUAUAUUAACAAUUAAACGAUUAUCGAUCGUUAUAUUAGUACAGAUCGAAACAUAACAAUGAAUAGUACAUAAUUUAAUAACAAGUUAUGUAGAAACAUGUAACUUGAAAGUUUUCUCGAGAUUGAUAACUCUUAUUAGUUUAAUGAAGAAACGCCUAAGAAGGAGUAUAAGAAAAUCAAAAUACACGAAUCUACUGAUUAGGCAUUAAGACGUGGUAGUUUCUUUUUAAAUAUGUUAGUUUGUUAUAUAGCAACAAAGAAUCUCCAGUUUUUAACAAAGAUAUAGAUAUAUAUAUAUAUAUAUACAUAUAUUAUAUUAUAUUAUAUUUUAUUUUAUUUUAUUCUAAUGUUUUGUAAUUUAAAAAAUCUGUUAUAUAACAUUGUGGUGCAAUUUAUUUGUAAAGUAAUAGACUUUAAUCGUUUAUUAAAUACAUAUUUUCAAUUUUAUAAAAUUAAGUUUUUAGAAGAUAGAGACUGAAUGUGCUCACUAGUAACCUGAUUCUGAAAUUGAUAUCUUUGUAAAAGGCAGGUUAAUUUGAUUACAUUUGAAAUCAUAAAUAUUCUCAUGAAUUUCUAUCCAGAAUUUUCUAUCUCUUCUCUAUAUUGAUAUAUAAAUAAUAAUGUUUAAACGCGAGCUCGAAUUUAUCAGUCAAUUCAUAUACAAAGAAUAAUUUGUGUGAUUCUUGAAAUUUGCCAUAUGUACAUGUAAUAACAAGAACAUCUUUUUCACGUUUGUUGUGUAUAUUUAGAGAUUUGUACAACACGCUUGUAUUUUUCACAGGCACUUUUAACAACUCUUUUGAUUAUCGAAAGGCAAGGUAAUUAAUACUUUGUGUAAAUAGAUAAUUACGUUUCAUAAUAUAAUUGUACCAAGAGUGAUCUGAAAUCUACUUGAGUUUUUAGCUUAAUAUAGUGUUUAUUAUAUUUUAACAUUAUAUAUAUAUAUACAUAUAUAAUUCAAAGAAAUAUAUUUUAUAGAAAUAUAUGUAGGAAUAGGAAAAGUUGAAAAUUGAAGGUACUUUUGUUGUGUAUUUAGUGCAAUAGUGUAUUUAGAUAUAAUUAGCACCAGGGAUUGAAAGCUGUUACAGUAACGGUUUUUCAAAUACUUUUAAAGAAUCAAUAUUUGUAAGGAAUCAGAAUUAGUAUCGGCCCUACAACGGUUCUGCAUCGGUUUUAUAUUAAACAAAAGCAAAUUUGAAUUUUCUACUACAUCUAAUUAUAUUUUAACAUGAAGGUUACAUAUUUCUCGUUAGGAUUUCUGUUUCGGCAAUUUUUGCUCUUUAUUUAAAUUUAAUACUAAAAUGUUUAGUAUCAUGGAAAUUUCAAUACAUGUAAUCUAUGUAUGUCGCAGCGAACCAUGUUUCGAGAUACAUAAUUAUUUACCGCUCUAAGUAGUCUUUCUAUCAGGCAUUCAUAUACAUAUAUUCCUGUAUUUAUGACGUCUUCCAGGGGCGGACUGGUCAUCGGGAGUGUUCGGGAAAAUUCUCGGGUCUAAUUAAUUAAAAUUAUGGCUCUUAUUCUAAAAGAGGGUCCGUCAUAUUCCUAAUCUCCCGGUAAAAAUUUAAAUUCCAGUCCACCCCUGACAUCUAUAGUUGCGAUCGUGGAAUGAUGCGCCGAUGUUCAUUGUGAUUUGCGCAAUAAAUUUUCAUUUUAUAUUCUCCUAAAAAGUAUCGACUAAUCCGUCCAAAUGGUGUUGCAAUAAUUUGCUUUUCUUCAUGUACGUACAUAUCAUGCAGGCUUUUUCAAAUUCAAAUUUAUUUACUGUUCGAUCAGUACCGUGUUUAUAUAAUUUAUUUUAUUAUGUUUAAAAUUCGAAAGCGGCACAUUCGUUUGUUUUAUAGAGAUUUUUAAAUAAUUGUUUCCUGGUUUACUGUUUCUUCAAAGAUAUUUCAGCAUGAUUACUUUCAAUAUAUACGAUGCAUAUGUACAUAUACAGAGAAAGUUUAAUUUUUCUCCACGUAUGUAACCUACAUAUUUAAAAUCAUGCUUGUAUGCUUGUAUAUACGCGUCGCACGUGUAUGAGUGUGUGUAACGAAAAGCACUUAAUCAUGGUAAUUGAUGUCGGAAUCGUUUUGGAACCAAUACGGUUAAACAUCAUUUCUGCUUUUAACAACUAUGAGAUUUAUCGAUUCCUUGUUACUGUUUUAAGCAGAAUCAACUUUACACAGUUGAAUAGUUUGGAAUAGUUAUUUGUAGAAUCGGGUUUCAAUUCCUGGCUUAGUAUAUACUUACAUACGAUAUAAGUAACGGCAUACGCCAUACGCAUAUACAUUAUGUAUUCACAUGCAUGAAAUAAUUAUAAUUAAAUUGUACAUCAUGUUAAAUUA